UAUGGUGUACCGGUAGGGACUACUUUUGAGCGCGGAUGAGGAUUGUCGAUUAUGACGUAUGCAGACGCUUCUAUAUAGCUCUGCGUUUGUUGAGCGAGAGCAGUUCAGUUCGCCAUUCGAAGACAAGUUCUCUCAAGUUGCUGUCUGCGUCGCUGAGGAAUCCCUUUUGCUACAUCAUGCAGAUCUUCGUGAAGACCCUCACUGGCAAGACCAUCACCCUGGAGGUGGAGCCCAGUGACACCAUUGAAAAUGUCAAAGCCAAGAUCCAGGACAAAGAAGGCAUUCCCCCAGACCAGCAGAGGCUGAUCUUCGCUGGCAAGCAGCUGGAAGAUGGCCGCACCCUGUCCGACUACAACAUCCAGAAAGAGUCCACCCUCCAUCUUGUCCUGCGUCUGAGGGGAGGCAUGCAGAUCUUCGUGAAGACCCUCACUGGCAAGACCAUCACCCUGGAGGUGGAGCCCAGUGACACCAUUGAAAACGUUAAAGCCAAGAUCCAGGACAAAGAAGGCAUUCCCCCAGACCAGCAGAGGCUGAUCUUCGCUGGCAAGCAGCUGGAAGAUGGCCGCACCCUGUCCGACUACAACAUCCAGAAAGAGUCCACCCUCCAUCUUGUCCUGCGCCUGAGAGGUGGUAUGCAGAUCUUCGUGAAGACCCUCACUGGCAAGACCAUCACCCUGGAGGUGGAGCCCAGUGACACCAUUGAAAAUGUCAAAGCCAAGAUCCAGGACAAAGAAGGCAUUCCCCCAGACCAGCAGAGGCUGAUCUUCGCUGGCAAGCAGCUGGAAGAUGGCCGCACCCUGUCCGACUACAACAUCCAGAAAGAGUCCACCCUCCAUCUUGUCCUGCGUCUGAGGGGAGGCAUGCAGAUCUUCGUGAAGACCCUUACUGGCAAGACCAUCACCCUGGAGGUGGAGCCCAGUGACACCAUUGAAAAUGUCAAAGCCAAGAUCCAGGACAAAGAAGGCAUUCCCCCAGACCAGCAGAGGCUGAUCUUCGCUGGCAAGCAGCUGGAAGAUGGCCGCACCCUGUCCGACUACAACAUCCAGAAAGAGUCCACCCUCCAUCUUGUCCUGCGUCUGAGGGGAGGCAUGCAGAUCUUCGUGAAGACCCUCACUGGCAAGACCAUCACUCUGGAGGUGGAGCCGAGUGACACCAUUGAAAAUGUCAAGGCCAAGAUCCAGGACAAAGAAGGCAUUCCCCCAGACCAGCAGAGGCUGAUCUUCGCUGGCAAGCAGCUGGAAGAUGGCCGCACCCUGUCCGACUACAACAUCCAGAAAGAGUCCACCCUCCAUCUUGUCCUGCGUCUGAGGGGAGGCAUGCAGAUCUUCGUGAAGACCCUCACUGGCAAGACCAUCACCCUGGAGGUGGAGCCCAGUGACACCAUUGAAAAUGUCAAAGCCAAGAUCCAGGACAAAGAAGGCAUUCCCCCCGACCAGCAGAGGCUGAUCUUCGCUGGCAAGCAGCUGGAAGACGGCCGCACCCUGUCUGACUACAACAUCCAGAAAGAGUCCACCCUCCAUCUUGUCCUGCGUCUGAGGGGUGGUAUGCAGAUCUUCGUGAAGACCCUCACUGGCAAGACCAUCACCCUGGAGGUGGAGCCCAGUGACACUAUUGAAAAUGUCAAGGCCAAGAUCCAGGACAAAGAAGGCAUUCCCCCAGACCAGCAGAGGCUGAUCUUUGCUGGUAAGCAGCUGGAAGAUGGCCGCACCCUGUCCGACUACAACAUCCAGAAAGAGUCCACCCUCCAUCUUGUCCUGCGUCUGAGGGGAGGACAUUUCAAAAUGCAAAUUUUCGUCAAGACCCUCACUGGCAAGACCAUCACCUUGGAGGUGGAGCCCAGUGACACCAUUGAAAAUGUCAAAGCCAAGAUCCAGGACAAGGAAGGCAUUCCCCCCGACCAGCAGAGGCUGAUCUUCGCUGGCAAGCAGCUGGAAGAUGGCCGCACCCUGUCCGACUACAACAUCCAGAAAGAGUCCACCCUCCAUCUUGUCCUGCGUCUGAGGGGAGGCAUGCAGAUCUUCGUGAAGACCCUCACUGGCAAGACCAUCACCCUGGAGGUGGAGCCCAGUGACACCAUUGAAAAUGUCAAGGCCAAGAUCCAGGACAAAGAAGGCAUUCCCCCAGACCAGCAGAGGCUGAUCUUCGCUGGCAAGCAGCUGGAAGAUGGCCGCACCCUGUCCGACUACAACAUCCAGAAAGAGUCCACCCUCCAUCUUGUCCUGCGUCUGAGGGGAGGCAUGCAGAUCUUCGUGAAGACCCUCACUGGCAAGACCAUCACUCUGGAGGUGGAGCCGAGUGACACCAUUGAAAAUGUCAAGGCCAAGAUCCAGGACAAAGAAGGCAUUCCCCCUGACCAGCAGAGGCUGAUCUUCGCUGGCAAGCAGCUGGAAGAUGGCCGCACCCUGUCCGACUACAACAUCCAGAAAGAGUCCACCCUCCAUCUCGUCCUGCGUCUGAGGGGAGGACAGUGAAUCAGAGUUCUUUAUCUUCAUUAUUGCUUUAUGUUUUCAAAAGUUGUGCUUCACAUAACGUCAAUUCAAUGUAACUGGUUUAUGUGACCAAUUUUCAAGUGCUCAAUAAAGGAUUACUGGUUAGAUA